CAAGAGAAGUUUGAGCAGCCUUUAGAAAACUAUGAACCUCAACCGGGCCAAGAGCCUAGUAAUCGAAAUGGAUGCUUCAGCUAUACUAUUUCUCGUCUGCAUUUCUGUUGGCUUUUUCCUUGUCCACAAAAUCCUCGUCUCUGGAAAAGCCACGAGCACCAGCAAUGCGCGGCGGCCUCCCGGCCCAGCAAGAGUCCCACUCCUCGGUAACAUCUUGGACCUCCGUGGCGCCGAGCUGCACCACGCCCUGGCCAGGCUCGCCGGGGUGUACGGCCCUAUCAUGUCCUUGAAGCUCGGCACGAGCAACGCCAUCGUGGUCUCCUCCGCCGCUGCCGCUCGCGACGUGCUGCAGAAGCACGACCACAUCCUGGUCGGGCGGGCCGUCAACGACGCUGCGCGCGCACUUGGAAGCCACGAGCUCUCCAUGUUGUGGCUCCCGGCCAGCAGCCCGCUCUUCAAGCGCCUCCGCGCCGUGUGCAACAAUCACCUCUUCUCGGCACGCGGGCUGGACGCCACCAAGGCCGUGCGCGAGGAGAAGGUGAGGGAGCUGGUUGGCUUCCUCCGCAGCCGCUAUGCCGGCCAGGCGGUGGAAGUCGGCAGCGUCGUGCUCUCGGGGAUGCUCAACCUGAUGUCCAACGUGCUCUUCUCGGAGGAUGUGGCCGAUCUGAGCUCGGACCAUGCGCAGGAGCUCGAGACGCUGAUCAAUGACAUGAUCGAGGAGAUCACCAAGCCCAACUUGUCGGACCUUUUCCCCGUGCUCGCCCCGCUUGACCUUCAGAGCCGCCGGCGGAACAACACGGUGUACAUGAAGAAGCUCUAUGAUUUCAUGGACCGUGUCAUUUGUCGCCGUCAGAGUGCAGGAGGCGAAAAGAAAGUUGAUUUUUUAGAUGUGCUCCUCCGGCUUCACUCAGAGGAUCAGUUCAGUCUUCAGUCAGUCAACUCAUUUCUUUUGGAUCUCUUCGUGGCCGGGACAGCUACGACCUCGCUUACGGUGCAGUGGACGCUGGCCGAGCUACUCCGGCAUCCGGCCGUUAUGUCAAAAGUGCGCGGCGAGUUGCAGGAAGUGCUCGGCGCAAAGGAGUAUCCAGACGAAUCCGACAUCGACAAGCUGCCCUACCUCCGCACUGUGGUGAUGGAGAUCAUGCGGCUGCACUCGCCGAGCCCUAUCAUGAUGCCGCACGUGGCCAUGGCCGACGGCGCGGAGGUCGGUGGCUUCGUGGUGCCUAAGGGCACCAUAGUGAUCGUCAACGUGUGGGCCAUCAUGCGUGAUCCGGCGUCUUGGGAGCAGCCGGAGGCGUUCAUGCCGGAGAGGUUCCGAGGGACGGGUCUGGAUUUCCGGGGCGGGGACACGGCGUUCCUGCCAUUUGGGUCUGGGAGGAGGCUGUGCCCUGGGAUGCCGAUGGCGACGAGGUCGCUGACGCUGAUCCUUGCAUCUGUGCUGCACGCGUUCGAGUGGAGUCUACACGACGGGAUGCAACCGUGCGAUGUGGAUGUCAGGGAACGAUUCUCCACGUCCCUUAACAUGGUUACACCACUAAAGGCCGUGCCAACGCCAGUUUGCCACUGAUGCAUGCACUGAUAAAUAUCUCGGUUCUCAAUUGUCAGGCGGCUCCACAAAUCGUAUUUUUAUAUAAGAAUAUACAUAUGCAGACUAUGUAAUGUCAUCAAGACCAAUCUAAAUAAAAACACUUUCGUGAAUGAAGAUGAUGAACA